GAGAUCAUAUAACUUGUUAUUGAGGUACGAUGCAGGACAAUAGAAUUUAUUAUCGUCGUGAUGUAGAUUCUACCAUAUUUAGAAAUAAUAUCAUCUCAUACCACUGCUAGAGAACAUCAUGAUUGAGUCUUAACCUUACAGAAUUAUGACCCCAGAUAUUAUCCUUGAAGUACAUAUUUAGCGACCGCUCAUUAUAUGAUGUCUUGAAGGGUUUCUUUGCGUGUAAUUGAGUUUUAUGCGCCGAUAACAUUAUGAAAACAUUCGCAAUCGCUCUGACUAUUAUCGGAUUCGCCAUAUCUACCCCCCAAUAUGUAGCAGCCCAAGAUCCAGGACCGAUAUGCGAUGUACCCUCUGCUGGGGACUUAAACGGUUCGAAUUUCACAUAUCCGUUUCCACUGAAAACUUAUAAGUUCACCUCCCAACUCCAAGAGGUUGAAAUGGCUUUCAUGGAUGUUACUCCAACAACUGAGCCGAACGGAAAGACUGCUAUUUGUCUACAUGGGAAGAAUUUCUGCGGGCCCACGUGGGAGGAAACUGCUAGGCAACUUGCUGGAGUAGGUUACAGAGUUAUCUUGCCCGAUCAAGUUGGCUUCUGCAAGUCUUCGAAGCCAAGCUCAUAUCAAUACACCUUACAACAAUUUUCAUAUAACACGAAAAGUCUCUUGGACGUGCUUGGAAUUGAGAACGUGACAGUGAUCGGCCACUCUCUAGGAGGAAUGACAUCUAUACGCUUCGGCUUGAUGUUUCCUGAGAUCGUUGAGAGGUUGGUAUUGGUAAACCCUAUCGGUUUGGAAGAUUGGAAGGCCCUCGGCGUGCCUUAUAAGCCUGUCGACAUCUUAGACGUUAUCGAGUCUUCAAGCAACUAUACAACAAUUCGAGAAUACGAACAACCGACGUAUUAUGUUGGAAAGUGGGACGUCGCAUACGAUGUAUGGGUGAAUAUGUUAGUCAAUAUUUAUCAAGGGGAUCAGGCGGCUGCGUUUGCCUUCAACCAAGCCCUUGUCACCGACAUGGCCCUCAGCGCCCCGGUGGUUUAUGAGUUUGGAAUACUAAAGCCGCGGACACUGUUGUUAAUCGGCAAAAAGGAUAAUACAGCUUUGGGUAAACAAUGGAGCCCACCGGAGGUCCAAGCCAUACUGGGUCACUAUGAUGUGCUGGGAAAGCAAGCAGCUGCGGCUAUGCCAAAUGCUGAACUGAUUGAAUUUCCAGACUUGGGGCACGCACCACAAAUCCAAGAACCUGGGAUAUUUCACGAAGCAUUAUUGGCUUGGCUAUUAGAAUAGAAUUUUGUAACUUCAAUUCUUGGGACGAAAUUGUCAACAUAGGUAUGCGCACCUCAAGUAAU